AGCGGGUGGAGACAGGAGUGAUCAGGCAGCAGUAAGUAAAUGUGAUAUUAGAGCUGCUGCCCAGGAACCAGGCGGGACAGCUGUUAAUGGGAGCAAAGCGUGUGGGGCUGACACUGAGAAGCAGCAGAAGCAGUUAACGCUUAGCUGGGGACACUGGGCAGCACAGAUAUGGAGACCGGGGGAAGAAACGGCAGCACUGGCGGGGAAAUGCUCGAACACUCAAUGCUGAACCCUAUGGCCUUGACUGAGGAGCCGGGGAGAGGAUCCCACAGCGCUAAGAAAAAGAAAUCAAAUAAGUGGAAGGUGCUGUCCCUGGUUAUCUGUGUAUGUUUGCUAACAGCUAUUCUGGGAUGCAUAUUUGGACUCAAACCAAGCUGUACAAGGGAAGUAACCAGUUGCAAAGGGCGAUGUUUUGAAAGAAAGUUUGGAAGCUGUCGCUGUGAUAGUGCCUGCGUGGAGCUUGGAAACUGCUGUUUAGAUUACCAGGAUGUUUGCAUACAGCCAGCAUAUACCUGGACAUGUGAAAAGUUAAGAUGUGGGGAGAAAAGGCUUGCGGGGAGUCUUUGCUCAUGUUCUGAUGACUGCACAGAGAUUCAAGACUGCUGUGUAAAUUACAAUUCUGUUUGCAGAGGGAACAAAAGUUGGGUGGAAGAAACCUGCGAAGAAAUUCAAACACCACAAUGUCCACCAGGGUUCUCCAAGCCACCCUUGCUUUUGUUUUCCUUGGACGGCUUCAGAUCAGAAUACUUGCAUACAUGGGGCGAACUUCUUCCAGUCAUCAGCAAACUGCGAAAAUGUGGGACAUAUACACCAAACUUAAGGCCUGUGUAUCCAUCAAAAACCUUUCCUAACCAUUACAGCAUAGUAACAGGUCUCUACCCAGAAUCACAUGGACUGGUUGAUAAUAAAAUGUAUGAUCCAAAGAGGAAUGCCCUCUUCACUCUGAGGAACACGGAAAAGUUUCAUCCCUCGUGGUACCAAGGUGAACCUGUAUGGAUAACUGCCAUGAACCAAGGUCUAAAAGCUGCAACAUUUUUCUGGCCAGGAUCAGAUGUCCGGAUUAAAGGAACCUAUCCGAACAUUUAUAAAAUAUAUAACAGCACAGUCCCAUUUGAAGAAAGAGUUAUGUCCAUCCUUCGUUGGUUGCGCUUGCCAGAACAAGAAAGACCACACUUUUACACUCUGUAUUUAGAAGAACCUGAUCAUUCAGGACAUGGCCAUGGUCCAGUCAGCAGCGCGGUCAUUAAAGCAUUAAUGGGUGUAGACAGAAUUGUGGGAAUGUUAAUGGAUGGUUUGAAGCAGAUGCAACUAGAUAAAUGCAUAAACCUUAUCCUCGCAUCAGAUCAUGGCAUGGAAGAAGCUCGCUGUGAAAAUGUAGCCUUUUUAUCAUCAUAUUUGGAACCUUCUGAUAGCUACCUAGUGAUACCUGGUCCAGCUGCACGCCUUAGGCCUACUAAACUGCCAGAUGAGUAUUUCUCUUUUGACUAUACAGGUAUUGCCAAGAAGCUAACCUGCCGAGAGCCUAAUCAGCAUUUCAAAGCAUAUUUCAAACAGAAUUUGCCAAAACGCUUUCACUUUGCCAAGAAUGACAGAAUUGAACUUCUCAAUUUUUACACUGACCCCAAAUGGCAAGUUGCCAAGACAAGAAGUGAUGCCAAAACUUGUGUUGGUGGAUUCCAUGGGUCUGAUAACAGAUUUGAAAGUAUGCAGGCACUUUUUAUUGGUUUCGGGCCAGGAUUCAAGUUUAAGACAGAAGUUGAACUAUUUGAAAACAUAGAAAUCUAUAAUUUAAUGUGUGACUUGUUAGAAAUUGUGCCUGCAAACAAUAAUGGAACCCAUGGCAGUCUAAAUCAUUUACUAAGAGAACCUUUUUAUGUGCCAUCCUUGCCUCAGGAAAUAAGUGAUCCAUUUCAGUGCUCCGUAAUCCAGGGGGCGAAGACUAACAGCCUAGGCUGCUCUUGUGAUUUAGCAAACUUGACUGCUUUUGGAUCAGAACACCAGAUGACCCUUACUCCUCAGCAAGAAUCUGACACAAAGAAACAGAACUUGCCCUUUGGAAGGCCUGUAGUUGUACAGAACAGCAGUUACUGCAUAUUAUACCAUGAGCAAUAUGUCAGUGGUUACAGUUAUCAUACCAGCAUGCCUUUGUGGACAUCCUACACAGUUAGAAAAAAUGCAAGUAUUCAGGCACUUUCUGUGGACAGUGGCUCGUCCUGUAUUUUUGCGGAUGUCCGAAUUCCAUCGGAUUACAGUCAGAGCUGUCACCAUUACCAGAAACAUUAUUUCCUUAAGUAUGGAUUUCUGUAUCCUCCAGGCCUAAAUGAGUCUUCUGGAGACAGCUAUGCAGGACUUCUGACUAGCAAUAUUGUUCCAAUGUACCCUGCAUUUCAAGUAAUUUGGAAUUAUUUCCAUAACGUGCUUUUGAUGAAGUAUGCUGAUAAGAAGAAUGGUGUCCAUGUCAUAAGUGGUCCUAUAUUUGACUCUGAUUUUGAUGGACAAUUUGACACGCUGGAGCAAAUCAAGAAAAUAACAGAAGGUGCCACAGUAUAUAUCCCAACUCACUACUAUAUUGUGCUGACAAGCUGCAAGAAUGUGUCCCAGACUCUACAGCAAUGUACGGGUGCCCUUGAUGUUUUGUCCUUCAUAGUGCCACACAGGAUUGACAACAGUGAAAGCUGUGCUCAUGGCAAGAAUGAAUCGUUAUGGGUUGAGAAACUUCUUCAAUUUCAUGCUGCACGGGUGAAAGAUAUUGAGCUUUUAACUGGACUUAGUUUUUUUCAUAACACAAAAUAUUCAAUUAAUGAAAUUCUAAAGCUGAAAACUUUUUUGCCUUCCAGUAUGUGAGGAAUAAUUAUUUGAACUUGUAAAAGCUCGAGCAACGUAGGGUGGGUUAGCUGAGACCAAUAAUUUUGGACCAGUUAUUUUUCUUCCUAGAUAAAUACAACAUGUUAAUUCCAAAUGUCAUAUCGGGUUAUUGCAAGAUGAUAGGGCACGCCUUUCUUAAACCGUUUGUAACAGGAUAAAAGAAGAAAGGUGACUUGGGUUCUCUGGUAACCCCCUGCUUUCCCCCAGAACCAGCAAGACAAUAAUAAUUUGUUAAAUAAUUCAUCUACAUGAACGGCAUAUUUACAAACACUGAGCAGAUUUGCAACUGUAGUUUCUCAUAGCAACCAAUCAGAAAUGUGUUUUUGUUAUUACUGCAUUAGACUGAUAAAUGCUAAGUGCUCACUGGUUGCUGUGUCUUUCUGCACUUGUGCAAAUUA